AUGGAGCCGACCAACUGGGGGCUCUAUGGCGGCAACUACUAUGGUGGUGAACGCCAGCACCCCAUGUCGCCGCCACACCAGGGCCGCGAGGACCACCGGCGAUCAAUCAACCAGGGGACGUUCCUGCCUCCGCUGCCACCAAGCCAAUCGUCCCCACACAACCUACCGCCAGUGUCGAGCGCGUAUGGUUCGGGAUACCAUGGAUCGUCACCAUCGGGAGUAGGGCUUCCCACCAGCACAGCUGGACCGUCAGCUGGGCAGGGGCCUAGCGGAGCGCCAAUGCACAUGACGCCCAUGAACUACUCGAGUCACAUGCCUACCUCACAGCCCAUGAGUGGUUACCACUACCCUGUCCAGCCACCACCAGCGACCAUGUCGUCCUUACCUCCCGCCCCGCGCCCGGCGCAGCCGCAUGGAUAUUCGCCACGGAUCCCCGGUGGAUACCCGACAGCUUCGCCAGGGAUGACGACCCUGUCACCUCUCUCACCCUCCAACCACUUGACAUACACGGGCGCCAGCUCCUCUUCCUCUUUUCCUCCGGGCGUCCACCCAACCCAUGCUAAGAUGGAGACUUCUUUUGAUAAGAAGCGGCGGACCAAUUCGGCCGGUUCGAGCUGGGAGGGAAGUGGAGCUAUGUCGGUCGCGACCACCAUAGCAGACGGAGGCAAGGACAAGGGCGAGACGCAGCCUUGGGGAAUGCCGCAGGAUCAGUACAAGGCUCUCAACCCCCGAGACAAGAAACAGGUCCGCAAUCGCAUAGGAGCGAGGAGGUUUAGGGCGAAACGCAAAGACUAUGUUUCUGCCCUUGAAAGUGAAAAGAAGGAGAGCGAGGCGGUGAUCAAACAGUUGCAAACGGAGCUCGACACGGCGAGGCACACUAUUAACGAGUUACGGGCUCGACUGCAUCUGCCCCCAAUUCCGCUGCCGCCUCCCGUCGAAACCGGACUGGGGCUGGACGUGAGCACGGAGUCGUACCAAGGAGGCACUGAAAGCCGAGACCCGAGGAGAAUUGACUAA